AUGUUGACGCUUAUUCUUUUAAUAUUUUUAACUAUUGGAGUGUCCACAAUAAAUAGUUAUACAUGCACUUGUUGUUUUUCUUCUCAUCCGGAUAUGUGUCAAACACCUGCAAUCAAUCUUCCUUCUUGUGCUAAUUGUACAGGCGCUUUUUGUGCAAAUCAUAUUAAAGGAUGUCAAGGUUCACCUCCAUGUGAUGCUGAAUGUAAAGGAAAUUCUACUUCAAUAAGCACAACAACAAAAACUUCUACUUCAAUAAGCAUAACAACGAAAACUUCUUCAAUGCGUCCUAUCAGUACUACAUCAAAUAAUGCAUUUACUCUUCGAUUUGAAUUCAUUAUGAUUUCUGUUGGCUUGACAUUAUUGGCUUUUAUUAAUUAA